AUGGGGACCGAAAUACAAAGCGAAGGAAAGAUUUUCCUCUGGUUGUCUUUGGAUUUUGCGAUACUGCUUCUUGUCGGGAAACAGACUUUGGCAGAAACGAGAUAUUCGGUUGCAGAAGAAGUGAAGGAUGGAACUUUUGUGGGAAAUGUUGCAAAGGAUCUUGGACUUGAUAUCACCUCUUUGACUGACCGUCGGUUCCGCGUUGUGUCUGAAUAUGACAACGCAUAUUUUGAUGUAAACCAGGAAAAUGGGGAUAUUUUCGUCAUCAAAAAAAUUGACAGGGAGGAGCUUUGUCGGGGAAGUACUGCAUGUCUAAUGGAGUUAAAGAUUAUAGUGGAAAAUCCUUUGGAAAUACAUUAUGUAGUUGUAGAAAUUACUGAUGUCAAUGAUCAUUCGCCCAGCUUUCCUGAAAGCGAGCAGACAUUUGAAAUUGCAGAACAAACCCUAUCAGGAAAAAGAUUUCAGCUACACGCUGCUCGUGACCCAGAUGCAGAAAUUAACUCAAUCCGCACCUAUAUGUUAGUGUCAAACGAACACUUUGAAAUAGACAUCCGUCAGAGUGAUGAGGAUAAAAUACCAUUUUUAGUCCUGAAGAAGCAGUUAGAUCGAGAGGAAAAGAGCACACAUUUUUUAGUUGUCACUGCAGUCGAUGGGGGUAAACCCCCGAAAUCAGGGACAUUAAAUAUUUCUAUCAUUGUCCUUGAUAGCAACGAUAAUCGUCCAAAAUUUAGUCAGGAGGUUUACCAAAUAGAAAUACAGGAAAAUGUACCUGUAGGCACAUUAAUAUAUAAAAUGAAUGCGACGGAUCCAGAUGAAGGCAGCAAUAGUGAAAUUGAAUACAGCCUUGGAAAAACUCUUAAGAAAAAAGUCUAUGACAUUUUUGAGUUGAAUAGUAAAAGUGGAGAAAUAAAAACAAAAGCAAAAGUGGAUUUCGAAGAAAAUGAUGUGUAUAAACUGGACGUGGAGGCAUCAGAUAAAGGGACGCCCCCUUUAACGGGUGAAUGCAGAGUUAUCAUAAAGAUAAAAGAUAAAAAUGAUAAUUCACCAGAAAUUGAUAUCACAUCACUGUCUAGUACAGUAUCUGAAGACUCGCAGCCUGGUACAAUGAUCUCGCUUAUCAGUGUGCGAGAUAAAGACGCAGGAGUGAAUGGAAGAAUUCUUACAAGCAUAACCUCAGACGUCCCUUUUGAAUUAAAGCCAUCCUACAAAGAAAAUAUAUACUCAAUUGUUACAAAUAAAUAUUUAGAUCGAGAGAAGGUGCCUCAUUAUGAAAUAACAGUGAGGGCCACUGACUGUGGUGAACCUCCAUUAUCAAGUUUCAAAACAUUUGGCAUUGAGGUCACAGAUGUAAACGACAACAGACCACAGUUCUCUCAGAAUCCAUUUUAUAUUUAUUUUCCAGAAAAUAACAUUGCUGGAAAUCCACUAUUCAGUGUAAGCGCGACAGACAAAGAUGUGAACAACAAUGCUGCUAUUUUAUAUAACAUUGCGAGAGCAGGGCAUGAAAAUGACAUCACCUCUUUCCUUAAUGUCAAUUCUGAUAAUGGACAAAUAUCAGCACUGAAAAGUUUCGACUUUGAAACUCUGAAAACUUUCCAGUUCCAAGUUGUUGCCACAGAUUCUGGAUCUCCGUCACUCAGCAGCAACGUCACAGUGAACGUGUUCAUUCUGGACCAGAACGAUAACGCUCCAGUCAUCCUGUAUCCAGUCAGCUCCAACGGUUCUGCUGAAGGUGUGGAGGAGAUUCCCCGCAACGUGAACGCAGGACACUUGGUGACUAAAGUCAGAGCCUAUGACGCUGAUAUAGGAUAUAACGGCUGGUUGCUGUUUUCACUGCAGGAAGUUAAGGACCACAGUCUGUUUGGUUUGGACCGCUACACAGGACAGAUCAGAACACUCCGCUCAUUCACAGAGACAGACGAGGCUGAACAGAAACUGGUCAUACUGGUCAAAGACAAUGGGAACGUUUCUCUCUCAGCAACAGCUACUGUGAUUGUCAAACUUGUGGAGCCCAAAGAAGCUUUUGCAGCUUCUGAUGUUAAAAGUGCAACAAAAGAUGAUGAAGAUAAUAAUGUGACUUUUUACCUGAUGAUCACUUUGGGCUCAGUUUCAGUUCUGUUUUUCAUCAGUAUCAUCGUGCUGAUUGCAAUGCAGUGCUCAAAGUCCCCCAACUAUACUUCUAAAUAUCUCCAAGAGACUAAUUAUGACGGAACACUGUGUCACAGCAUCCAGUACAGAUCUGGAGACAAACGAUACAUGUUAGUUGGACCCAGAAUGAGCAUUGGAUCUACUAUAGUUCCUGGUAGCCACGCAAAUACUCUUGUGUUACCUGACAGGAGACAUGCAUCUGAAGAGGUGUGA